AUGAUUCAUCAUUGGUUGGAAUUUAUACAAAAUGAUGUCGUUUUCCAUCUGUUUUCUUUCUUUCUUUCUUUCUUUCUUUCUUUAUUUCUUUCUUUCUUUCAUUUUCUUUCUUUCUUUCUCAUGCCCACUUUAUCUAUUUAUGUCUUAUACCCACUUUCUUUCUUUUUUUCUUUCUUUCUUUUUUUUUUUCUUUUUGCACAAGAAAUUAUUUAUCUUUCAAAUCUGCUGGCCAACCGGUGCCAUUGGGCGUACCGUCACCGGUGUCUUUGUGCGUCGGCCAGUGGUGCCAUUGAGCGCCCCUCCAGCGGUGUCAUUGGCCGUACCGCGAGCGGUGUCAUUCGCCGUACCGCGAGCGAUGUCAUUAGCCGUCCCGCCAUCGGUAUCAUUGGAUGUCCCGCCAGCUGUGUCAUUGGUCAUUCCGCCAGCAGUGCCAUUGGGGGUUCCGCCAGCAGUGUCAUUGGGUGUCUCGCCAGCGGAAUCAUUAGUCGUCCCGCCGGCGAUGCCAUCGGCAACUUGCUUGUGGGUAAGGUCAAUUUGAAGAACGGUGUCAUUGGUCGUCUCGCCAGCGGUGUCAUUGGUCGUGCCACCAGCGGUACCAUUGGGUGUCCCGCCAGUCGUUCCAUUGGUCGUCCCGCCAGCGGUGCUAUUGGGCGUCCCGCCAGAGGUGUCAUUGGGUGUCCGGCCAGCCGUUCCAUUGGCCGUCCCGCCAGCGGUGCUAUAGGGCGUCCCGCCAUCGGUGUCAUUGAUCGUCCCGCCAUCGGUGUCAUUGGGCGUCGCGCCAGCGGUGUCAUUGAGCGUCCCGCCAGCCGUUCCAUUGGCCGUCCGGCCAGCGGUGCUAUUGGGCGUCCCACCAGAGGUGUCAUUGGUCGUCCCGCCAGCGGUGUCAUUGGUUGUCCCGCCAGCGGUGUCAUUGGGUGUCCCGCCAGCCGUUCCAUGGCCGUCCCGCCAUCGAUGCUAUUCGGCGUCCCGCCAGAGUUGUCAUUGUUCGUCCCGCCAGCGGUGUCAUUGGGCGUCCCGCCAGCGGUGCCAUUGGGCGUCCCGCCAGCCGUUCCAUUGGGCGUCCCGCCAGCGGUGCCAUUGGGCGUCCCCCCUGCGGAGUCAUUUGUCGUCCCGUCAGCGUUACCAUCGGCUACUAGCGUCUUACGUAAACACACGCAAUCACGCCGCAUCUAUAUGAAACACAUUAACUCUCUCUCUCUCUCACAUCGACAGGAAUCUAUUUUCCACUUGCAAAAUUCCUAUCCCCUCCUUCUUUUAUUCCUCACACAUACGUCCUCUCUUUCUAUUGAUGACUCUCUCGCUCUCGCAUCUCAUCCCCAACAAAUCCACACUUUCCUUUCUCUUUCAUUUCUCAUCCUGGUUUUUCUUCCUAUUUUCGUUACUAUUCUACAAUACUUAUUUUCUUUUUUACCUGAUUUCGUUUUCCGCAUAUCGUUCCCUUUUUUCUUUGGAUUCUGUUUUUCCAUCUUCCCACCUCUUCCAUUCUUCAAAUCCUUCUUUUCUAUCUUCCCUUCAUUACCUUUCUUUCUUUUUCUCUUUUCUAUCUUCUCCCGAUAUAUACAUCUGAAUAUUUUUUCCAUCCUCCCCUUUCUUCCUUAUUCAAUAGUUUUCCACUCAUUUUCCCGCCUUCUUUUUCUUUUCCCUUCAUUUUAUUUCAAAUUAAUUCAACCAGCAAUUCACACAUCUUCCUUUCCCCUUAAUUCUUGCGUUCUUCAAACGACCCGGAAUGUAUCAACUUUUCGUUUGUGCACCAAUUCUGCUGCUGCUGCUGCAUACAGCACGAGGUCUGGUAAUGACCUUGCUUCAUAUCAUUUAACAGACAGCGAUCUCGUUACCCUAGCAACUGGAGCCCAGUUGGCGGCAUGGACAGAAGAGGUCAGUUCCCAUAGCAGGAGAUCCACAAACGUUAAGACGUUGAUCCGCGGAAAGAAUCGAAAAAUACCGAAGAAAAACGAAAAUAACCGAAGAAGAGGAGACUGUCUUUCGCUUCUAACCUUUUUCUUUUUUUGA